CGGCAGCUGGGAUGGAGCAGAAGUGCGCCUGGCGCCGCAGGGCACACAGCUGACUCUCCGCGCCACCUCCACUUCGCCUUGCGCCGCCAGACACCGAAGCUGCCUGGACUGAUCGCGCCGGACGUCCCCGCUCCUCCCGUAGCCCACCCGGCGGAAGAGGAGCUGCCGGUGCCCCGAAGUACUUGAUCAGUCCCAGAAAACUCUUCUCUAGCCGCAUCCAGCUCGGUACGGAGCACCGGAGUAACAUGGUCUGCAAGGCGCUCAUCGCCCUCUGCAUCUUCACCGCAGGACUGAGGGUAGAGGGCUCACCAACAUCAGCCCCAUUGUCUGUCUCUCUUAUGACAAAAAGUACAGCACCUAUGGCCACCUGGACUACCUCUGCUCCACACACUGCUAUGGCCACCACCCCUGUCACCAGCGCCACUCACAACGCCUCAGUUCUCCACACUACUGCCGUGUCCCUGACAUCUCAGCUCCCCACUGACGGCAGAGAAGAAGCUGUCACCAGCCCACCUUUGAAGACGGAUGUUAACAGCACAGACGCCCCACCUGCCGGGUUCCCCUCAACAAGCAGUGAUGUCCACUUGGCCCCCACACCUGAGGAACACAGUCUUGGCAGUCCUGAAGCAACUGUGCCGGCUACUGGGUCACAGCCACCCAGGCUCCUGUCUUCUCGGGCCCCAACCUCAGCAUCCACAUCCCCCGCUACUUCACCACCCCAGUCUCUCUCUGCCUCCGUUACCUCUAACCACAGCUCUACUGUGGCCAACAUCCAGCCCACAGAAGCUCCAGUGGCACCUGCGUCACCAACAGAAGAGCACAGCUCUAGUCACACAUCCUCUUCCCAUGUCACCACAGAGCCAGGGCCCAAGGAGAAAGUACCCCAAGAUGCUGAGUCUGGCAAAGUGAUCUGUGAAUCUGAGACCACCACCCCCUUCCUGAUCAUGCAAGAGGUGGAGAAUGCCUUGAGUUCAGGUAGCAUUGCUGCCAUCACUGUGACAGUCAUCGCUGUGGUGUUGCUGGUGUUUGGAGCUGCAGCAUACCUAAAGAUCAGGCAUUCCUCCUACGGAAGGCUUCUGGACGACCACGACUACGGGUCCUGGGGAAACUACAACAACCCUCUCUACGAUGACUCUUAACAAAGGAAGGCGGCUGAGGACAAGAAGUAACGGCCCUUUAUUUAUAAGUGCUUAUCCAGUAGAAUUAAUAACAAGUACCUGAUGUACACUGAACGACAAUCGCGAGCCCUCUUUUGUUGAUAUGGUUGUUUUUCCCGUUUUCCUUCCCCUCCUCUGGCUGCUACUACAGUGUCCCCCUUCUGGUACAAAAGAACCAUUGCGGAAAGGCCCCGUGGAGGCCGAGCUGCAGCUGGCCAAGCCGGCCAUCUUUGCACUGACCAAGCCAGAUACCAUGAGGUGGGCGCUGCAGAGCCCCCCAUCAUGGAACCCACCUUGGAAAGGACUGAGGAAAGGAACUGCGAGUUGCUUGGUCGGGGAGUCAAUCUUAGGGGAUCUUUUGGUUUGGGUUCUUAAAGUUCUCUACAGGAAAUUACAUUAAAUAUCAGUGAAGACACAGGAAUGCAUCCCGGGAGGCUGCCCUGCAAGAAGCCGGGUCUUCUUGAUUCCUCGCUAAUCCUCCUUUGCCUGGUUGUAUCUGACAGGAUGCCUACUUAGUCCUCUAAUCAGAUAGACCAUGCUUAGCCGCCUAAUUGAUGAGAGAUAAAAGAGGCCGUGCCCAGGGGGAGAGCAGCAGGCAAAGGCAGAGCGACCCAGGAGGCUGUCAGUCAGUCAGCGGGCUCUCGACCUGCCCGCCCACCUAGGCCACCCGAAGGCAACAGGGAUCCCAACCCAUGGCUUUCAAGAAAGUUACAGUUCCAAAAGUGAAGCUGGGAGGUGAGCUUGAAGAACAGGCAGGGAGAUGCGUGCGGAUGGGGAAGAAGGGAGAGAGGGACGCUGACAUGCACCACCUGCCCUCUUGAAACAAGCAGAAGCCAGCUCUCCAUGGGAGUGGGGGGUAUCUAAAGCUUGGAGGACCCCACAGGACUCUCGCUUCACACCCGUAAAUCAGCAACCGCUUCGCUGCCUUGCUAUCUGUAUUGGGUAAUGGCUGUAUGCUAUUCCGAAAAGAAAUAAUAGUAAUAAUGUUAGGAGAGGCACUGCUCUAUCUGCAACUGUUCAUCCAAAGCACUCACUUCCAUAGGACGGAGACAUCAAGAACUAUCUGUUUGUUCUCCCUAACACUUACCUUCCCCAUUCUCCCUUUCAAUGAGUGAAUACCCCCAGGUGUGCCGCCUCAACUCCUAUACAACAAACUUUGAGAGGUGAUCAUUCUUCUUUGCUCCUUUCAUGUAUGACCCACCAGGAGGUGACUGCAUACCUCUCACCUUCCCACCCCCUACCCUUACCCCACUCGAGGUGUCUAGUAGCAAUUACUUUGUUAGCUGGGAGUGCUAGUAAUGGGUAGAGACCAUGGAUCCCACUAAACACCCUACCUGGCACAAAGCAACCAUCCACCCCAAAGAACUCCCUAGCCAGAAACAUCAACGGCUGAGAUUGAAACCAUUCACUGCAAUGCCCUUGUGACAUGAAAAAGAA